AUGGCAGUGUCUCAGAUCGAGGAAAAGAUCUUGGGACGUCUCGCCGAGCACACUGCCCCAACGAACGCACUUCUCUCAGCAUCACUGUACCAGGUCUUGGGCCUUUCGAUCCUAUUGUCGAAGAAACUGUACAAGGCUCGGAAGCUGCGGAAGCUCGACAACACUCGAGACACCAAGUCGCUGCAACUGUACCAUCACAUCAUCUGGCUAGCACGGGAAGGCUUAUCAAUCACCGAGGUGUACAUACUCCCCUACUGUCAAGAUGGAGAGCAGGGACCGGAAUGUAGAGUCAUGGCAGCGAAGCUCCGGGCCUCACUGUACCACGUCUUCUGCCUGUACCAUAAUCAUCCGCCCAUCAGGGACCUCAACGGUCGCUCGCCAGGGAGUUCACCAUCGAGCGCGCAGACGGCGAGGAGAGUCGACGGUCCCGAUAGUCCCGCGAAGCCUUCACCACCAAGGACAAACAGCGACAGCAGAAAGCGAGCAGGAAAAGCCGCCUUGCGCGAUCCCAUGCCGUCGAUGACAUCCGAUGCAUCGUACGUGACAAACCCCUAUUCGACUCAGACACCUCCACCGGCGAAUCUGGCCAUGCUUGGAGGACCCUUUGAUCCGCGACGAACGCCAAACAGACCUCCUGGGCUGGUACCUAUCAAGAUCUCACCAACACAAGCAGCUGCAUCGUUCCUCUUGCCUCCCUUGAACUUCAUACCGAUGGCCAAGGAGCACUUCGAGAUGGCGCAACAUCUAGCGACUGCGCUACUUGCUCCUACGCACGCGCUCCGCCUCUCUAUCGCCUUCGAGCAUACUGCCUUCCUGUGGGACUGCGCGAAAGAGCACGAUCGAGCUCGAAAACUGGCGCGAAGGACGAUCAAAGAUGUCUACAGCUCAGCCGAUGGUCUGGACGAUGAAGAGUUUGCAGAUGCGUCCACUCUGGUCUCGAGCCUAGGUGCCAUUGUACGAAGGGGUUCAAACGACUCAACACCACGAAGUACAGCCGGCAGCGCGCCAGCGAUCAGUCCGAACCAGCGCACGCCACAGCAGACAAUCGACCGCACCAUAGCCGUCAGUCCACCGGAUAGGAGGCAGAAAACAGCAUCACCCUCGAGCUACAGCCACAUCCCACGAGCAAUGAUGCGGACUCCUGAGCGUCUAUCCACGGUACCAGAGGCCUCGGAGUCGAUUGAAGAGACACCCACUACUCGAGCACCAACACGAAGUCCCGCAGGAUCAGCAUCACGCAACGCGACACUUUCACCACCCGUCUCUCGUCUCAGCAGCCGUAGCAAUGCGCAAAGACGUUCCUCGUCCGCAACAUCAGCAGCAUCCGACAAAGCAACAAAACGGCGCAUCGUCGAACAAGCCGAGGAACAAGUCCGCAGCAGACAGAACAGCAUAGCGAGCGCGAACGCAACUCGCGGCAGCAACAACCCUAGCCGCAAUGGAACUACUGCAGCUAGUAGUGGUAGUGGCGGAGAGGCUGCUCAUAGCCGUCAAGCAACGCCGACAGAAGGGCUGCCAAAAACUACUCCCAAAGAUGCCUCGCAGCACUUAUAUGGAAGAGGAGGAGGUAUGGCGGCACAAGUGUCUUCCAUCUCUCCUCGACACGUGGUGGCGACAACCGCGACACUUGAGCUUGGAACAAGCCGUUACCAUCCUACCCAAAGCGCCGAGCGAAAGAGCAGCAGCAUCCCAACACCUCUUCCUCCUGUGCCUGCCCGGAACGUAGCAGCUCCACUCGCCCCCUCGUCAAACCAGAAAAGCAAACGCGAUAUCCCAAGGAAACCUCUAACACAUACACCUUCACUCGCCGCCGCAGCAGCAGCGAUAACAUCAACCCUCCAACCCCCACCAAGUCAAAUCUACACAACCCAAGGCCCCGACCGCAGUAGAAGAGGAGACCCCGGCCUCAACCCAACCCCUUCCUCCCUCCCAGACGACCGACGCGAAGCAAUACUCCGAACCCUCAAAAUCCUCUCCGCCGUGUCCAAAGGCUUAUACAUCCCGCAGGCGCAGCAGCACAGAGGUGCAAGAGCGGCGAGUACACAGAUGAGGGCGGUGUGUCAUAAGGCAAUCAGUCUGCCACAUACAUGA